AACGUACGCCCCUCAAAUCGAGCGGGGGUAGCUUCAAUUCCUUCCCCCCUUCCCCCUUCUCUCGCCCCCCUCUCUCACCCACCCAUCCCCGAGAAGUUCCGCCUCUCCUGCAGGUAGCCAUGCUAAGAUGUCGCCCUCCGGUGCUCGGACUCGGAGCCGUCGGGCUUUGCUUCCCUACCAAGCGGUGUUUGAUCCAAUCUUCCAAAAUCCCCAACUCCCCGUUGAAGCCCUUGUCCUCUCGGAUUAGCUUUACAAGUGGUCGUUUUUGUUUCGUUGCUUCUUUUAGAUUCGAUCUCCCUGGUAGAGCCAGAAACCAACUCAACACAAGAUCGUUGCUGAGUGGAGCAAAUCCAUCGUCAACUGCAACCUCAGCACCGGCUCAACAGGGGGAGGAAGUUGAAAUAUUACCAGCGACCAAUGAUAAUCAUGGAGGUGUCAUUGUUGAAAUGAAGGACCCAAUGGACUCCAGAACUUUUGCGUUCUCCUUACGAGCAUCCUUGGAAAUUUGGAGGCAGCAGGGAAAGAAAGGUGUUUGGGUUAAAUUGCCAAUUGAGCUUUCGAAUCUUGUUCAACCUACUGUUGAGGAAGGGUUCCGGUAUCACCAUGCAGAGCCAAGUUAUGUGAUGCUUGUAUAUUGGAUCCCUGAUACUGAAAAUACAUUACCAGUGAAUGCUACACACCGUGUGGGUGUUGGUGCUUUUGUGAUGAAUGACAAAAGAGAAGUCUUGGCAGUCCAGGAAAAAAGUGGCAAGUUCCGUGGAUCAGGCGUAUGGAAGUUUCCUACUGGAGUUGUAGAGCCGGGUGAAGAUAUAUCUGCUGGGGCAGUAAGGGAAGUCAAAGAAGAGACAGGAAUCAACACCGAGUUCAUUGAAGUACUUGCAUUCAGGCAAAGUCACAAAUCCUUCUUCAACAAGUCAGAUUUGUUCUUCAUAUGCAUGCUGCGACCGCUUUCAUUUGAUAUCCGGAAGCAAGAUUCAGAGAUUGAGGCUGCUGAGUGGAUACCAAUCCAGCAAUUUGCUGCACAACCUUUUGCUCAGAAGCAUGAACUUUUAAAGUAUAUUAUCAAUCUUGGCUUAGCAAAGGCUGAAAAGAGUUAUGCUGGGUUUUCUCCCAUUUGUAUAAAAUCAGCUUUCACUAGUAGGCGGAGCUGUCUGUAUCUGAACACGAGGGACCUGAACCAACCAUCAUGACCUGUCAGCUUCAUUUGGUGCUCGGGCUGUUUGUUCUCAACUUCAGCUCUGUAGAAUCCUGGGAAGUCUGCUGGGUAUAAUUCUUCAACCUGCUUGUUACAAGUGUUCACUGUGUUGAACUUGUUAUUGCGACUCUCCGCCUCCAUCCACUUCCCAUACAGUAUGCAACACAACCAUCGCUUCCACCUGCUCAGUUCGAGUGCCAACCAACCACAGUUGUCCAGUGCUGCCAGAUUCCUCCUCAAACACAAUCUCCUUUUAUGCCCUACUUUAAUUACUCAGCCUCACACCCCUCGAAGUUGACUAGCAAAAUCUGUUGUUCAGUAUUACUUCUCUACAGUUGUUCUGUGGUUUCUUUUCGUAAGCUGUUAAGCCUUGUACUCCUGAUGAACCGAAUCGAGGUUCUAGAAUUAAAGCUUGCGGCACAUAUGGAGAAUGUCAGUGAAAUUAACAUGUGCUUAAGUUGUAAAUGUUAUUUCUGCUGUCGUAUGAAUUGUAUCAUCUUAGUUCUUGAAACAAAAGGAGAUUGUGUAUUUUCAUAUUCUGGAAAUUUCUUUGGUGAUUUUCUUA